UUAUGGCAAUAAAUGUUGAAUGUACUUGUUCUAUGGGUACCGGCUGGUCCUCGCUGCCUUUAGGACGACAUAAAUCACUCCAGGAAAUAAUGUUAUAACUGGACGUGAAACCAAGUACUGUGCUGCGUUCAAGAUAAUACCGAAAAUACGAAUACGUUCCGAUGACACAUAGUUAAAUGGGUGAUCUGUCCAAACAAACAAUAACAUAUCAAGAAAUAUAUUCACACAAGAUACCAUGUUGUGGCCUAAGACAACCUAUUGAUGUAUACAUGUUAACUAGUUAACUACCAACCUAUUUUAUACAGUCAAUGGUAGUAACACGCCUUUUAUUCUCACAGAGCUUUCGAUUGUCGUGGAACAUGAAUGCAACAUCAGCUAGGCGGAAAGUGUAUUGACGAGUGACGUUCCAAUACAUACACGUCUACUUGUGUGCCAGCAUAAUUGCAGAUUAAUUUAUUGUAUGCACCAUUUAUAUUAGUUAAGUGAUAUGAGUGGACUUGUAUAACAUGUUUUUGUAAGCUAAGACCAAACAUGUUUUCCUUUGUUCAUUUUCUAGAUCUCAAAUGAAUGUGCGAAGUGACAAAUAAAGUAAGCGGAACGGGACCAUCAGACGAACCCACCAAACACAAAGCCACCGAGAACAACGUUACACAAGCCAAUGCAAUUUCCACUGGCAGUCAAAUCUCCUUAACUUGGUAAUGUACACACUCUAAAUAAAAUGACUAUGCAAUCAUAAAAUAAUUUAUAAUUAUUCACUGCAUAUAGCUAAUGCAGAUAUUCUAGCGAUGUGGUGAUGCUUUGAUGGAGGAACCAAUGAGCAUCGGAUAUGUUGCCAACGGAACACAGCUGGGGACACUCCGUUUGAAACUACAAAAAUGAAUAGAGGUGCUCGCAGCAGACUGCCUCCAUGGAUAGAGAGUCUGGUCCUCAGCUAUGGCAGGGAGGAGGGGAGAUGCGGCGGGCGGCUGAUGGCGCAUGUCAUCGGGGUGGGUGAGAUGUCUCAGUCCCAGGCCCAGGGCUCCGAGGGCCCCACGGGGCUGCUCUUCCUGUCCGACGGGGAGCUGCAGAUUCCUGCCAUCCUCACAGCAUCAGCCUGGGAGCAUGUCCAGGAGCAGGACGAUCGCGAAUGUUUCACCAGCCUUGUGAACACCACAGUGUGCUUCCACGACUACCAGCUGCAGUUUCACAUGGCCCCGGAACUGACUAAAUGCAGCUUCUUCUUAUUAGUUGGAGAGCUGGCUACAACUGCUGCCGGUCAAGUAAAAGACACCCCCCCUGUCAGCACCAGCCAGCCCUCCGUCAGGCUGAAGAUCUGCCAGACAUGGAGGGCCCUGCUGGCUCAUCAGGAGACACAGGACUCUCAGAUGAGCCAGUGGGGGGGUGAUCUGUCGGAGCUGCUGGGGGAAUGGCAGCAUGACUGUCUGCAUGCUGUGCUUGGGGAUGUUCGAGAGGGACUGAUAGCAGCCAGCAGCCGCUCUAAGAGCCUGCAGCCCUCCAACUCAACUUACAACCCACUGCUAGCCCCCCCAGACACAUUCACUGCCACACGCUGGAGUGUUGACAGGGUCCGAUUUAAAGGAGUAAAACCUUUCGUUGUCCCCACUAAGUGCCUUCUCUUUCCAGAACAAGAUGCUGAGCAGCUGCACACACAGUUACCUGUUAGAAGCAGGACAACCAGUGGAGUGUGUGCUGCCUCUGAGGACAGAAAGAGAGAUUUACCUCAAGUCUUUAAAACUCUGCAGACCACGCAGCCUUCUGGUGACGAUGAUGCAGAGUGGGCUAUAGCCAAGCCGGAAGUUGUUGAGAGAGACGCCAAUGACAACUCACCUUAUCCUGUGGAGGACAGCAUGUUCCAUGAGGACGGAAUCACAGUGUUUAUUGAUGGCCACAGGCCUUUGUCCAGCCCUUGGGACAUUUUUCCUCCACCAUGUGACACCUCAUCAUCCUCUGAUGUGUCAACAGAAGCAACACCAAACUAUUCGCCACAAAAUCCCACUACUACUGAAUUUAAGUCUGAUGAUGGUGUAAUCUUAACCAGCAUGCAACAGCCUCUCCACAGUUUAAAGGAUACAUCAGAGCCUAACAAAGAAGAGCACAGCUUCCUCCCUCCAUACCAGGAAGAUCCACACUCAACCAGCCUCCAUGCCACUGCGACUCCUUCAGCUUCCACUUCUGUGAGUCCACCACUGUCGCACCUUCUUUCUGCCACAGACAAACAGCACACACACACAGCACAACAACAUCUCCCAGCUUUGGACAAAGAAAGUCAGAUUUUGUUAAAAAACAUUAAGGGGACAAAUGAGAGAGUAUAUAGAAAUGCAGGGAGAAAGAGAAGGGAGCCCACAGCAGAAGCCCUGACCUCCUUAGUGGAGCAGGAGACUCAGAUCAGUGGCAGCCCUCCAUCUUGGCUCUUUGACGCUCAGACAGGCUCUGGGGCCGAAGAGGGGGGCAGUCACCAGCCGGCUCAAACUGUAGGGACUGUUUCCAGAAAGCCAAAGAGUCCCACUGUGCACAGUGACGGCAGGCUUUUCUCUUACUCUUACCGAGUGUCUGGACAGAAUCAGCAGGAUUUCCGUGGAUUCAGUGUCGUAGAGGCCCAUCUGCACUGGGCGGUGAAAUAUCUUGUGGUUUCAAAGCAGAUGGAUCCUCCACCCAACACAUCAGUAUCCUCUCAAUCAAAUGUCAUCUGAAGUUCUAAGUAUGUAAAUUGUCAAAAAGAUACAAAUAAAUAAAGAUAUCUGAAUGACAUGCCAGCGUAAUGCUAUCCCAUGCAGAUUUGGGCAGAAAUCAUAGUUUAUUUCAAUGCAGUAUACAUGU